ACCUCUUCAUCGGACGUCGAGCCAUUCUAUGGAUAUGUCGAAACGACCGUCAACGCUCUUCGUCUAAUUCACGCUGCAAGACAAGGAGUCAUCCCUCGCAUCACCCGGCGCUUGAACGAUUCGGAGCGGCGGGAUAUGAUCAAAAGCGGAUCGGUCUUCGUUUUCAGCGUCGAGGAGAGCGGCAUCAAACGAUGGACCGAUGGGCUCCUCUGGUCACCGUCUCGAAUCGUCGGCAAUUUCUUGGUCUAUCGGGAGAUUAACGAGCGAGCAAGCAGUCGUGGAAGUCAUAGAAGAUCAUAUGGACUGGAGGAUACACAGGCAAGGUCGCUCACUGGCCAUAGAACAUCUCCGAGCCAAACCUCCAUUGGAUACAAGUCCUGUUCUCCGGGCGGUACUACGGGCGACCAUGGGGCGUUCAAGCCUAAUGGGUUGAUCAAAAAGACCAUCACGGUCACUAUUGACGGCUCUGAUCUCCAUCUUAUUUCUUAUUAUACCUCCGAAGACAUUCGCAGUGGGAAAUUGAAGAGACCGUCGACACGCUCUGAUAUCAUGUCGCUGUACAUGCCACCGCACCUUUUCCGCCUGACGAACUUCCGUGUGCCUCCAAAGAUCGAGAUAGGCCCAGAUGGGAAGCCAAGACUCGUAACCGAGCCGGAAGAUGUCGACGGCAUCGUUGAACCCAAGGUGGAGGAACCGACCUACCAACUUUCCCCCCAUUCCCCGAACUCUCCUGUCAGCCCCAUGUCGCCAAGCGAAAGCCCUUUCGGGGGGAACCUUUAUAUGAAUCACGGCUCCUCAUAUCACCGGGACGGUGUCGAAGACAGAUGGUCUUCUAGUGGAGAUGCUGUUCGGGUGGCAUCGCCGGCGCGACAUGAUUUGCCAUGGCCGUUGUCGUCGGCGACCUCUCAUUCCAGCCAUCACAGGCGCGAGGGUUCAAUGGUGCCUUCGUCUACUUCGUGGUCGUCGCCUCAAUCUGCACGCUACGAGUCGCCUUCGUCUGGCAGCGGGGUGUACUAUGACCGUCCUCGCCCGCGCACCAUCAACAGCUAUCAGAAUAACCCAAGAGAAAGCGAGACGCUGCCUAGCUUCGGUUCAAAAUAUAGCAUCGGGCGUGGUCGCGAAGUGGGUUCUCAUCGGGCGCCAUGGCUGUUGAACCAAGAGUCUUCAGGUGAUCGCGAAUCCCGCUCAAAUUGCAGAUCGUCCUAUACCUCACCGUCAUCCGUUUCCCCCGCUUUCACCCCAGAGGGAUAUCAUGCAUACGGCUCGGCAUGG